AAAAAACAUAUUACAUUGUUAUUUCUUAUUUGAUUUAUGUAGAUAUUAUAGUUAUGCAAUACAGUUAUUUUCUCGAGUAGCCUGUAAAAAAGUAAGGAAGUCAAGAUGAAAAUGAUUAGAAGGAUUAAAUUAGUGACAGUGAAUGGGGCGUUGAAAGGAUUUAACAGAACUUACGCUGACUGUGGAUCAGCAGCAGUAAAAAAAGGAUUGGUUGUUGGAGCGUAUGAUGGUUGUUCAGCAGACGAGCUAAAAUUAACUCCAACAGCUAUGAAAAUUGAUUCUGAAACGGGUGGGAAGCUAACACAGCUCUUAAAAGGAGGCGUGGGAAUUAAAAAGGGGACAGCAAGAAUUUUCUCAAAUAUCCACCCGGAAUUCUUGUCAAUCGCAGUAGCAGGGUUGGGCGAGGAAGGGGUCGGGUUCAACGAAGCUGAAACUCUAGACCUUUGCAAAGAAAACAUCAGGUGGGCCUCUGGUGUGGGCACUUCUGCUCUCCAAGAUGAGGGCAUCAACUUGGUGUAUGUCGAAGAAUUCACAAAUGCGGAAGCUGCUGCAGAAGGAGCAUCUCUAGCUAUCUGGAAGUUCCAGCCAUUCAAAGCUAAAGAAGAACAAGUCAUUGUUCCAAAACUAGAGUUCUUCGAUGGAAGUGACACUGAGGGCUGGCAGCGAGGACUGAUAAAGGCUGAAUGCCAAAAUAUGGCAAGAAGAUUAGAAGAGACACCUGCCAAUCUGAUGACACCCAUGAUAUUUGCUCAGGCGACUCUUGAUGCCCUUUGUGCAUGUGGCGUUGAGGUAGAGCUGAGAGAAAGGGACUGGAUAGAAACAAAGAAAAUGCAAGCUUUUUUGACAAUGGCCAGAGGAUCCUGCGAGGAACCGAUUCUUCUUGAGCUCAGUUACUGUGGAAGCACAUCAGAUGAUAAACCAAUAAUAUUUAUCGGCAAAGGGAUAACAUUUGAUUCCGGAGGCACGUGCCUGAAAGACUGUAUCGGAAUGUCUGAAUACCGAGGAGAUAUGGCCGGGGCGGCUGUCAUCGUCGGAAUGUUCAAAUGCAUUGCUCAGCUAGCUCUGCCAAUAAACGUCAGAGCUAUCAUUCCAUUAUGUGAGAACAUGAUAGGAGGGAUGGCUGUGCGACCAGGGGAUUUGGUCGUUGCUAGAAAUGGAAAAACCAUCCAAAUCGAAGACACAGACAAUGAAGGGAGGAUAAUUCUCCUGGAUGCCCUCAAUUUCUCCAGUAUCUACCAGCCCUGUCUCGUGACAACAAUAGCUACUCUGACACCUGGAAUUCGCAGGGGGCUCGGUGGUUCAGCGAGCGGUGCGUUUUCCACAUCGGAUGCGGUCUGGAGAGAACUGAGCAGAGCUGGAUCAGAAACUGGAGACAGGGUAUGGAGGUUUCCUUUUUGGAAAUGCUUUUCGAAUCUGGUCACGAAUUAUGUCGAGGUGGACGUCAACAACGUCGGACUGGGAGGAGGAGGCGGGCCAUGCCUCGGCGCGGCCUUUCUAUUGGAGUUCGCUCCCUCCGUCGACUUUCUUCAUUUGGACAUAACUGGGACGGGUCUCAUAUCCAACGGGAUCGGGUAUCCGUAUAUGAAGAAAGGUCUGAUGACAGGGCGUCCUGUGAGGACAUUGGUUCAGUUCUUGUACCAACUGUCUUGCCCUCAUGACAAGGGUGAAGAAUGUUGAUAAAUCGGGGUCAAGUCGAAUCGUGCCGCCACUGCUUCCAGCAAGUUAUUUCGAGCCAAAUAAAGCUGUCAAGACUUAACCUUGUCUCUUUCUA